CUCUCUCUCUCUCUCUCAUAUGUCCACUGAUCUGUACAGUUGCUCUGGUUAUAUUUAAGAAAGAACCUGCUAUAACCCGACUAUCUGUCAUCUCCACUCAAGACUUGGCAGAGUAGGGGAGAGGGAGAGAGAGAGAGAGAGAGAGAGAGGAGGAGGAGGAGGAGGAGGAGGUCAGGGUCAUGGAAGGCAGUGUCUCUACCAGUGUGGUUCGCUACGUCGACCGAGCCUACGACCUCCUCUCUUCCCUGUCGACGGCCGAAGCGCUGAGCCGGGUCGCCGCGGUGUGCGAGGUGGUGAGAGUGGGGGUGCUGGUGCCGCUGCUGAAGGUGGCCGUCGUCCUGUGCUUGACCAUGUCGGUGAUGCUGGUCAUCGAGAAGCUGUCCAUGGCCAUCGUCGCCCUCUACGUGAAGGUUUUCCGGCGCACGCCGGAGAAGAUCUACAAAUGGGCGCCACUGUCGCAGGAUCUGGAGCUCGGCUCUCUCUCCCACCCCAUGGUCCUUGUCCAGAUCCCCAUGUUCAACGAGCGAGAGGUUUACCAGAUCUCAAUUGGAGCAGUGUGCAAACUGGCAUGGCCGCAUGACAGACUCAUAAUACAAGUCCUUGAUGAUUCAACAGACCUAUCAAUUAGGGAACUGGUGCAAGAGGAAUGCCAGAAGUGGUCCAACAAGGGAAGAAGAAUACACUACAUAUCAAGGGACAACAGAAAUGGAUAUAAAGCUGGAGCUAUGAAAGAAGCAAUGGAUCUUGACUAUGUGAAGAAAUGCGACUAUGUGGCAAUAUUUGAUGCAGAUCAUGAGCCCCCAACUGAUUUCCUUUUGAGAACCAUCCCUUUCCUCAUGCACAAUCCCGACGUUGCUCUUGUUCAAGCACGUUGGAAGUUUGUGAAUGCCAAUGAAUGCAUAAUGACAAGGAUUCAAGAGAUGUCACUGAACUACCAUUUCAAAAUGGAGCAACAGUCGGGUUCAUCAACCAUGGCAUUUUUUGGAUUUAAUGGAACUGCCGGUGUUUGGAGAAUCCAAGCUAUUAAUGAAGCUGAAGGCUGGAAAGAGCGAACUACUGUGGAGGACAUGGACUUAGCAGUUAGAGCAUCUCUUCAAGGCUGGAAAUUUGUGUAUAUUGGAGACCUUAAGGUUAAAAGUGAACUACCAAGCAGUUAUAAGGCGUAUCGGUAUCAGCAACAUCGUUGGUCCUGUGGACCUGCAAAUUUGUUCAAGAAAAUGACAAUAGAUAUUAUAAUGGCAAAGAAGGUGUCUUUGCUGAAGAAACUAUUUCUGCUCUACAACUUCUUCUUUGCAAGACGAAUUAUAUCCCACAAUGUGACCUUCUUUUUCUACUGCAUCAUCAUUCCAUUUUCUUCCUUUUUCCCUGAAGUAAUAAUCCCAAAAUGGGGGGUGUUCUAUAUCCCAACAGUCAUCACCAUCCUCAAUUCAAUUGGAACUCCAAGGUCUUUACAUCUCAUUAUCAUCUGGAUAUUUUUCGAGAACGUCAUGUCCUUGCAUCGAUGCAAGGCUGUCUUCAUCGGUCUAUUUGAAGCAGGGAGAGUGAAUGAGUGGGUCGUCACAGAGAAAUUAGGGAAAGCAUUAAAGACCAAACAAGUUUCAACAGCUGCCAAGAGAAGUUCAAAUAAGUUCUGGCAAAGGUUUCUUUUCUUGGAGCUGGGAAUGGCAGUAGCCCUCUUGAUAUGUGCAUGCUACAACUUCAUCUACAGAUCAAACCAGUACUUCAUAUUCAUUUUUCCUCUCUCUCUCUCAUUCUUCUUGAUGGGUUUUGGUUUUGUGGGCACUCACAUUCCAGCAGCAAAGUAGCUGAACAUAGCUUCGACAUCACAUUUGUCCUCCUCCAUUUCAUUGUUCCUCUCUUCUCUACACAAAUUCUUUCUUGUCAUCCAACAGCUAUUUUAUGUAUUAUUUCCAUGAAUAAGAGGCCAAUCCAGCAUCAUCAUGGGGGAGAAAUUAAUUGACUCCAGGGAGAAGGAUUUCGCUAAUGGCUGAAAGUUAUAGGCUGAUUGCAUGAGCAGUGCAGAGUUAUGUUAGAGCUGAUUGCAUGCAGAUUUAGGCUUAUGUUCUCUUAAGAAUAACACCCUAUAACUCAGCCACUGAAACACCAGUGUAACUGUUCUGUUUAGUGAGUAAUAAUAUAUCAGUUCAUUCUCUUA